CUGACAAUUGCAAUGGAAAAAUCAUUUGCAGGUCUCUUGCGGAACUCACGAUUGGCGACCUAUGACCGUCGUCUUGCGCAAGUGUACACAACACCAAAAAAAUGCAAGCAAAUUGGUGAUUGGGGCCUGAAGCGCAACUUGCCAACUGUUAUCCGCACACCUUACGUUACGAUUGGCGACCUUGACACAGCUGAGCACCAAACACCAUGGCAAUCAGGACAGAGCCAGGUUUUGUUUGUAAAGCGCUGGAAGGAGAAUUUCCCCAACUCAACUAAGCCUGCACCACGACGCGAAGAGCCCGAACACAAUGUUGCUCUUAUGUCCUCUUCCGAAUUCAAGCGAUUCCUCAAGAAGGUGUCUAAGAACAAAGACGAUUUCAAAGAGAAGUUGGACCGAAAGGAGGUUGUUCCCGAGCAGCUUUACGAAUUCUUCAACGUCACUUUCAACGAGACACCCUCUUCGACCACUGUUGGACCUACUUACAGCGACUAUGAGCAUGGUUGGGACUACCCCGUUGAGGGACGUAUUCUCAAUGCAGAUAAACAGGGCCAUGUUGUGGGUAUUGCUGGUGUGACAGCUCUUCUUACCAAGCGUAACUCGAUUGGCUUGAGACCAAAUAGCGAACGUCGUAUCCGCACUUUCUACGUUGAGAAGGCAGGAUUUGAUGAGCAGGGCAAACCUAUGGUGAUUGUAAACAUAAACCACUCAUCAUCAUCCGCUAUCCCAAGUCUUCUUUCACCAGACGGUUUCGCAAGAUAUAAUGAGGGUCGUGGUAGCAGCUUAUUCGGAUCUAUGGCUGCUGAUGACAUGUUCAGCACAAAGCCUCACGAGCAGGCUCGCACCCAAGAUGAUGAUAGUAAAGUUAGCGCUAAUCCCCAACACACCCAACUUAUGAGAAGAAUUUACGGUUUGUUGGAACCCGUCGAAUCUGCAGAUAAAAAAGAGUAGACUGAAGAUUCCCGACACUUGUAUCUUAUUUUAAUACAUCAAUAAAGAAAAACAGAAGCAAAAGACAAUAGAAUUAAAU